UGCAAAAAAUGUGAAAAAAAACGAACAGCAAACCAAGCAAAGCAAAAUCUUGAUGAAUCAUCGUGCACAUUCUUUAUGAAUGUAUCAGGACAAUGAUCACGUGUAUCCAGGCAUAUGUUGUGUAUCCGCAAAUGUGUAUGCAUGCUGCAUGCUUGUUUUCGAUACAUAAGCACGUUCUUUUUAUUUAAUCACGCUACAUUUAAUCAUUGUUCAUCCAGGAUACACGUUGGUUUAUAUCCUGAAUUUUUUUUUUUUUUUUGAUUCUCUAGAUUCACAUCUGAUUGAUCCAAUCGAAUUAAUUAAUCAAAAAUGGGUUCGAAAUAUUGUUUCAAAAGUAUAACGAUUGUACCAACGUACAAAGAAUUUAUCGAUAUAAUUCUAUCGAAAACUCAACGUAAAACACCAACCGUUGUACAUAAACAUUUCAAAAUAUCACGAAUUCGUUCAUUUUAUAUGCGUAAAGUAAAAUUUACACAACAAAAUUUCCAUGAUAAAUUGGAUACAAUAUUGACUGAAUUUCCUAAAAUUGAAGAUAUUCAUCCAUUUUUUGCCGAUUUAAUGAAUGUUCUUUAUGAUAAAGAUCAUUAUAAAUUAGCAUUAGGACAAUUGAAUACAUGUAAACAUUUAAUUGAUAAUGUCGCUCGUGAUUAUGUUCGAUUAUUGAAAUAUGGUGAUUCACUGUACCGGUGUAAGAUGCUCAAAAGAGCCGCCUUAGGACGAAUGGUAACCGUUUUGAAACGACAAACAGAAAAUUUACAAUAUUUAGAACAAGUACGACAACAUUUAUCACGUUUACCAUCUAUUGAUCCAAAUAUGCGAACAUUGUUGAUUUGUGGUUUUCCAAAUGUUGGUAAAUCAUCAUUUAUCAAUAAAAUUACUCGUGCUGAUGUCGAAGUACAACCAUAUGCAUUUACAACAAAAUCAUUAUAUGUUGGUCAUACAGAUUAUAAAUAUCUUCGUUGGCAAGUAAUCGAUACUCCUGGUAUUCUUGAUCAUUCAUUAGAAGAACGUAAUACAAUUGAAAUGCAAUCAAUUACGGCAUUGGCACAUAUUCGUUCAUGUAUCAUUUAUAUAAUGGAUGUUUCACAACAAUGUGGUUAUUCAAUUGAAGAUCAAAUAUCAUUAUUUCAUAAUAUAAAACCACUGUUUUCGAAUAAGCCAAUAAUAAUUGUUGUCAAUAAGAUUGAUGUACGAAAAAUAUCCGAUCUUGAUGAUGAACAUGGCAAAUUAUUUGAUGAAUUACGAAAUGAUCCAAAUGUUGUGUUAAUACAUGAAAUGUCAACGGCCACAUUGGAUGGUGUCGUCGAAUUACGAAAUGAAGCCUGUGAUAUUUUAUUAGCACAUCGUUGUGAACAUAAAACUAAAUCAAAACGUGGUGAAGAGUUUGAAAAUCGUCUUCAUAUUGCAAUGCCACAGCCAAGAGAUGAUAAGGAACGUCCACCAUUCAUUCCAGAAGCUGUACUGAAGAAAAGAAAUCAAAUGGAAACGAAUGAUAAAAUGGUGGCAGAUGAAAUUAUGGAUGAUGAAGAAAAUCUUGAACCACUAACUCUUCCAACGAAACGAAAAUUAGAACGUGAUAUUGAAUUAGAAUUACGUGAAGAUUAUAUUCUUGAUUUGAAAAAGAAUUAUGAUCUACCUAAUGAUGAAAAAUAUGACAUCAUACCUGAAGUUUGGAACGGCAGAAAUAUUGCCGAUUAUGUUGAUCCAAAUAUUGAAGCCAAAUUAGAUGCAUUGAUUCGUGAGGAAGAAGAACGUAUAAAUUCUGGUUAUUAUGAUUUUGAUCUUGAAUCCGAAGAUGAAGAACUGCAAGAAAUUCGACAAUUAGCACGAAAAAUACGUGAUAAAAAAGGAUUGCUUAAAUUCGAGCAACGAAUGAAUAAUACGAAUAAACCAAUAAUGCCACGAACGAAUAAAAAACGUGAAAGAAGUUUAUCACGUUUACGACAAGAACAACGUGAACUUGGUGUUGAUAUUGAAAGUGAUGAAGAUAGUAAUUAUUUUGAUGAAGCUGCCAUCCCGGAUUCGGAUAUCCAUCGACCACCAUUGAAAAAGAGCCGUGUAGAUGAUGAAGGUCGUGUACGAUCAAGCUCGAACCCACGUGAUCGUAUUGGUCUUAAAAAUGAUGAGAUGCGAAAGAAGGCUCGAAAAUUAUUAAAGAUUUCACAACGAAAAUUGGCCGUAAAUGCACGUAAAGGUGAAGCAGAUCGAAUGAUACCGGCUACUAGACAGAAACAUUUAUUGGCUGGAAAACGUGGCUUAGGAUCAAGCCGUAGUCGAUAGAGAUAAUCAUUUCGAUGACUUAUAAGGUGAGUUUCAUUCUUAUAAUUUUUUUUGCUUGAGAAAAAUGAUGUAUUUGUUAAAUGCACGGGACGUAAUUCAGAAUUAUUA